CUUUUUCUUAAAUUUUAAGGUGAUAUGUAUUUAAGACUCGAAUUCGAGACACUACGGCCAUUUCAUUUCUUGGGUAUCUUUUUGCUUCAUGAUCAUGAUCCUUAUAUGUACCUAACACAAAUGCACACACAUUUUGAGUGGAAAAAGAUGUUAAAAUCAAGUGAUUAAUAGUCAUCUUGUUUAUCUUUUUCUUCUGCUUCUUCUUUAGGUGAGCUUAUAAUUAGUUGAUGGAGUUUGCAGAAGCUGCAGGUGGGAAGCGAAACAUAAGAGCAUUAGUAGUGGAUGAUGACACCACCAUUCGAACCAUUCACUGCAGGCUCUUGCAAAAUCUUGGCAUACAAGAUCUUGAUGUGGCCAUCAAUGGCAAGGAAGCUAUUGAUAUCCAUUGCUCUGGCAGAAACUUUCACCUCAUUCUCAUGGACUUGGAGAUGCCUAUCAUCAACGGAAUUGAGGCAACCAAGCAGCUACGUGCCAUGGGCGUACGCAGCACCAUUGCUGGUGUAUCAACUUGGUCCAGUGAACAACGAGUGCAAGAAUUCAUGCAAGCUGGUUUGGAUGAUUACCAAGCGAAGCCUUUGACAAGUGCUAAGCUCAUUUCCAUACUCAACAAGAUCAACAUAAAAUGAUUCAAUAGUUUCAUAGAUUAGGACAAUAAUUAAGGAUUAAUAAACUUUACCCUUUAGUUGUCUUUCAAUAAUUUUAAUUUGCAUAGAAACAGCUCUGCGAUUAAUGAUAUCGCUUGUAGUCCUUUGACAGAUGCAAAAGCUUUAGCAUAUAUGAUCAACAGCCAGCAAAAACAGAGUCGCACAACGAUUCCGUCUAACUAUUUUGGCUGACAAUACAACUUCACUAGCUGAGAGAUUCGUAAUGCAAAUGCAAGUGCAGCCAAAGGUUUGGCAUUUCUUGUCUAUAUAAGCCAAUGCAAAUGCUUGCUUGUAGCAUUUCUUCAGGCAGGAAACAUAGAUCCAUUACAAGUCAUUAGAACAGCAUUGGUAGAUGCUGCAAGGUAAAAUACAAGUAAUCACACACGAGAAGUGUCUCUUCACUGAUGACAACUGGGGCCGUUGUGGCUCAACUUCGGCCCAAAGAUGAGCCCGGGCCUGCAAUAGAAUGGGUUUUUUUAAACUCUUUUUAGUGCACUAGAAAAUUCUGUCACAACUGAAACAAUUUAAACAAAAACUCAAUUUCUCCUCAAAUCUUGUUCUAUCAAGUUGAAAUCUUACAAACUUUUGUCUUGUGUGCUCCAUAAGCUUCUGGGUUUAUAAUGUACAACAAUAAUUACUCAAAGUAGCAAUAAGUUAUCACAAUAA